AUUUAAUACUUACAAAAGUGAAUGCCGUAUUAAUGUGCAAUUUUAUCAAUUAAAAUAAACAAUAUGCAAGCACUGAGACACAGGUGUCUUCUACGUGGACUGGAAUUCAACUGGUGCCGCCGUUUCUUGACACAAAGCUGCACAGGCAAUGAGCAACUUGAGCUGACCAACGAUGUGAAACAUCGAAUAGAGACGCACUGGAGCCAGCAGCUGUGCAAUGGGCAGUUUGACAACAAACAGACGGCCAACAAAUUCUAUGUGUUGUCUAUGUUUCCUUAUCCCUCGGGAAAUCUGCACAUGGGACAUGUUCGUGUUUACACAAUCAGCGAUGCCGUUGCACGUUUCCAGCGCAUGUGUGGCAAGAAUGUGUUCCAGCCCAUAGGCUGGGACUCCUUUGGCCUGCCCGCUGAGAAUGCGGCGAAUCAACGCGGCGUUGCUCCAGCGGAUUGGACGCAACAGAACAUUGCACAGAUGAAGCAGCAGCUGCAGCGUCUUGGCUGCUCCUUUGACUGGACACACGAGCUGUCCACGAGCAGUCCCGAGUAUUACAAGUGGACGCAGAGUUUGUUUCUGAUGCUGCACAAACACGGACUGGCGUAUCAGAAUGAAGCACUCGUAAACUGGGAUCCAGUUGAUAAAACCGUCUUGGCAGAUGAGCAGGUGGACGCCAAUGGCUGCUCCUGGCGUUCUGGAGCUAAAGUGGAGAAGAAACUGCUUAAGCAGUGGUUCAUACGCACCAGUGCCUAUGCCAAGCAGCUCCUCGAUGGUCUGGAUGAUCCCACACUGCGAGAUUGGCGUGAUAUCAUAAAUCUGCAGCGGCAUUGGAUUGGCGAGUGUGAUGGUUACGCCUUCACGCUGCUCACCUCCGCCUCGAACAUGCUGCGUGUUUGGACUGCCAAUCCGGAGCAUCUCAAGGAUCCACACGCGUUUCUGGUGCUGCGCAGCAAACACUAUUUAUGCCAACUGCCCGAUGCGAAUCAACUGAGCGUGGAGAAUCCCUUUGCCAAGACCACUCUGCCUGUGGUGUUUAAUGACGAUGCCGUAUUUCCAGCACACUGUGAUGUCUAUUUGGCUGCACCCAGUUUCCGCACCGAGGAUCGUGAACUGUGGGAGAGCUUCGGUCUGGCUAUCUGCAAAUCCAGUGAGAACGAGGAACACAUCAAUCCCGGCAACUGGGAGCAGUUGCGUAAGGAAGUGUUGCAUGCUGCCAGUCGGCUAAACAUUGGCGGAUAUCGUGUGUCCUCGAAGCUGCAGGAUUGGCUAAUCUCUCGCCAGCGUUAUUGGGGUACUCCCAUACCCAUUGUCCACUGUCCCAAAUGUGGAGCUGUGCCCGUGCCCGAGCAACAGCUGCCGGUUACGUUGCCGCCACGCGACGCUGGAAAGGAUUCCCUGCGCUGUGAGUGCCCAAAGUGUGGGGAUUCUCAGGCGCGUCGCGAAACAGACACCAUGGACACAUUUGUGGACAGCUCCUGGUACUAUCUGCGUUAUCUGGAUGCUCACAAUGCGGAACGCAUCUUUGACACGUCGCUGGUGAAUAAUUUUAUGCCAGUGGAUCUGUAUAUCGGUGGCAAGGAGCACGCCGUGCUGCAUCUCUACUAUGCCCGGUUCAUGAAUCAUUUCCUACACAGCUGCGGAUUGUCGCCCACGUCAGAACCCUUCUCCCGCCUCUUGGUGCAGGGCAUGGUUAUGGGUCGCUCCUAUCGCGUCAAGGGCAGUGGACGUUAUGUUCGAGAGUCGGAGGUGGAGAUUGUGAAUGCCAAGAAGAAUCAGGCGCUGCUCAAGGAGACUCAAGAGCCCGUGGUCAUGGGCUGGGAGAAGAUGUCCAAGUCCAAGCUAAAUGGCGUCGAACCCGAUGACAUGUUCAAUGAAUACGGCACGGAUACGACGCGUCUGAUCAUCCUGGCGGACGUGGCGCCCACCUCACAUAGGAAUUGGUCAAGUGCGACUUUUCCUGGCAUACUCAACUGGCAGAAGAGAUUGUGGCUCACAUUGGAGGAAUUCCAGGCGGCACGCGAGGAAUCCUCCACGGAUAUUGUGGACACGGGCAGCGAUGCGUUUCUGCUCGAGGAUGCCAAACUCUUUGAUGCCCGCAACUUCUACAUCAAAGGCGCCACCUUCAACUAUCGCCAUGCGCAUCAAUUAAGUGUCGCCAUCUCCAAGAUGCAGGGAUUAACCAACUCCUUGAGGCGCACACCAAAGCACAUUCAACGACAUGGCAAACAAUUUGAACGAGCUUUAGCGGCACAGAUCAUCAUGUUGGCUCCCAUGGCGCCACAUUUUGCCUCCGAAUUGUGGUCCAAGUUUGUGUCCGUGCCGGGACGCCUCAAUGCCGCCAGCGAGGAGCUGCAGUGGACAAAGGAUGUGCUGGAGCAACGCUGGCCAGAUGUGGAUGCAGUGUAUCAACUGGAUCUCUCCAUUAAGGUCAAUGGAUUUGAGAAUUGCGUCAUUAAGGUGGCGAGAAAUCAGCUGGACAAGGUGAAUCACAGUGAUGCACUGGACAUUGCCUUCAACACGCAAUCGGUGACUUCGUAUCUCAUUGAUAAGAAGAUAAGGACCACGAAUUUUGUGCUGUAUCCUGGAAUUGAGGCGAUACUCAACAUCUAUGUGGACAAGCUGAAAAAGGAGCAGAAACCGACAAAGAGCAGCAGUAUGGAUAAGUUGCAGGCAGAGUAAAUGGAAGAGGAGAAGGAGCAGCUGGUAACCUGUGGGACUUAGCAUUUUUGUCCAGAAGAUUAAUUGCAGCCUAGUUUGGGAUUUAUCUUUAUUUGUUAUUUAAGUUUAAUGUUAAAUAUAUAUAAAAAUUGGACUACUUUCA